UUGUUGAAUCAGGCGGAGGCGGCGAGGCUGCGUCGAUCUUCAGCCUUCGUUCAGUCGCUGCUGCUACGGCAGCGGUGGAGAUUGUGGAGAGCUGCGGCAGACGGGGAAGAGAAGCCGAGAGCAAGUGACGAGAUCUUCGGCCUUCGUUCAGUCGCUGCUGCUACGGCGGCGGAGAUUGUGGAGAGCUACGGCGGACGGGGAAGAGCCAGGGGCCGAGAGCGAGUGACGAGUUGA